GUCACUUGUCUUGGUGUGAUGAGACGAUGUUGUUUUUAUGGAUCACGCUUCUGCGAGCGGCUUACUUCGAAUAGCAUAAUUUAAAGCAUUGGUAUGCUGGGAUUACCAAUGUGGAUAAGGUGCACCUGCUAACAGGUGAAAAGGGAGAAUCUGGCAACUGAGAAUGCAGUAGCAACAAGACCACUAGGAGGACAAGCUGGUAGAUUGAGGAGUAGCUCCAUGGAGGAACUGCAGAUACGAUGCCUUAUUUUCUUGGCUAUGUUCUGCAUGAUCCCUACAGCAACAAAUGCCAACAUAUAUGAUUUAUACGGAGUUAUGCUCCCUCAUAAUCCUGUAUGGGCUGUUGGAUCAACCCAUGAUUUGAUCUGUAAUCUUACCAGAAACCAGACCUCCUAUACCACCGAUGAUCUCUAUUUCAUCUUCAAAAGUCACCCUCUACCAAGAGAAUGCUAUGUUACACUACCAGAAUAUCCUGCAGGCGCUACCAAUGAGACUGGGUCAAAAAAUGCAGUGCCCGUUAUAGCCAUUCAGUUACAUAUAGAAAAUGUGACUAUAGAUGAUAGAGGUUAUUACAGUUGCUUUUUGAAUAUAUCCUCCGUGGAUAUGACAAAGCACAAGAUGGUUUAUAUGCAGGAAGCGAAAGUAGGAUAUGCUCCAUCUAAACCUGUUAACAUCCAGUGCAGAUCCUACCAAUGGAAAGGUAUGACCUGCACAUGGGACAUUGGGAGAGACCCCCUGAUUCCAACAGAAUGGACUUUAUACUACACAUUGGAUUUUAAUGAAUCCAUUCGAUGUCCUCAUAAUGGUAAACAUUCCUGUGAAUGGAAAGAUGAGAAAUUUGUACAUCCCGCAACAAAAUUUGGACUUGUCAUUGAAGCUGAAAAUGAAUUGGGCAAAGAAGAGUCAGAACAAGUGGUGAUAAAUACCUCGGUUAUAGUGGAAGUUGCUCCUGUGAAUGAAAUUCAGUGUAAAGCGCUCAAUAACACUUCUAUUGAGAUUUUGUGGUCACAUGCAAAAGAUGCAGACAUUCCAGUGAUACUUCCCCUUAUCUAUGAUGUAUUGUACAAAGGACAAUGGGACGAGGAUUGGACUAAGCUGUCUGUUGAUGGAGACUACAACUUAAACUUGUCAAGAACUAUCAGAACUCUACAUUCCUAUUACACGACCUAUACAAUAGCCAUUAGGUGUAAGCCAAAGCAAGGCCUCUACUGGAGUGAAUGGAAAAAUAGCACAAUCAGAACUGAACCAGCUAGGCCCUCAGGUCCUCCAAAGUUUGGCCCAGGGAGUUUUUAUAUCACAAAAUGUCCAGGAUCAUCCACCACCUGUCAAAAUAUAAAGAUUCUUUGGCAGGAGGUGGCAGCCUACCAACGCAAUGGUGACAUCAUCAGUCACAUUAUAACAGCGAGCACUAUAGAGGGAAACACUACAAAGUCAACAGUGAAGAAUCAUAUCUCAUUUUCCAAUCUCAAGAGAGACACUCCGUACAUAUUCUAUGUGACAAGCCUUAAUAGUAAAGGAAUGUCACCUGAGGCUCAAUUAAUGCUAGACACGGGAAUUUCAGCACCUCCAAAUGUCCAAAAUGGUUAUGUGGAACACCAGAUGAAUGGCAGCUUACUAGUGAAAUGGACUAACCCUGAGGAGCUGGCUCACCAGAUGUAUUAUGUGACAGUGUAUUGGUGUGAGGGCAGUCCCAACCACGAGUGCAGGGAGGGAAGCGACUUGAUUUGGAGGCGAGUGUCACAUGGUGAGAAUGAGUUGCUACUUGAACUAGACCUGACAGAGAGUGUUCAGUAUAAUGUUGCUAUAUCUGUAGAGGUGGCCAACACAAGCAGUGGCAUGACUGAUUGGUUGUGUUCUGUCUGGCAUGACUCAGUGCCAAAGACAGCACCAAGUGACCUGAGGCUAACGGAACAAAGUGAGAGAAGUUUGAGUAUAGCAUGGAAGGGCGCUCCAAGCUGUCAUGAGAGCAAGGUCUUCAUACAGGGCUACAUUUUAAACAUAUGUCAGUGGACAGCAGAAGCGCACUGUCUGAAUGGUACCGCUAAUGUAACAAGAGUUGGGCCUGGUAUAACAUCACAUAUGUUUGGAGAACUGAUGCCUAAUACGGAUUAUGAGGUACAUAUCAGAAGCUACACAAAUCUGGAUGAGGGACCAAAGAGUUCAAAGCUACACAUAUUCAGAACUAAUCCAUCAGCGCCAAGCUCAUCUCCUACAGGGCUUUAUAUCAGAAAUGUAACAGCAUCAUCUGUGAGUCUUGGCUGGAACCCAAGCCCUACCACUAAUGGUAACAUAACACAUUACAUUGUGGAAUACAUGUCAGAUGUUCUGAAUGGUUCCUGUGAGGUAUCUGGAAACAUGACAAUGUCUACAGUUCACAAUCUACAUGGACAAGUACUCUACUCAUUCCUUGUGAAGGCUUGUGUAUUAGAGAGUCAUAAUCCAUGUUCUCCCCCUUCUGACAGGGUUCAAGCAUUGACACAUAUGGGAGAACCUGGAAUGGUGCUUAAUUUUCAAAUGGAAACGCUGAAGAAUGCCUCACUUAAGCUAGAAUGGGAUUCUCCUCUAAUUACCAAUGGACUUCAUACAAUGUACACGAUCAGAAUAGAAAGUGCAGAUGGCUCAAGCAAUGUUAACACAGUAAGAGUUGCAAACAUGACCGAAGAUAUCAUAGACUUUGAUUGUGACAACAUCAGUAAUGAACCGGUCAAUGUAAGCAUCCAGGCUGUAAAUGAGGACCAUGGCGAGCUGUUAAGUGGUCCUUGGAGUUCUGUAGAGCAGUUGGAGAUAUGUGCUACAGGUGUGAACAUCACAUUGUUGAUAGUGAGUUGUGUAAUAGGAGCAGUAGUUUUAGCUGUGUUUCUUGCUGUAUGCAUAAGGUACUCAAGAAUAUUUUACAAGAAGGUGUCAGAAAGACAGGAGAUUACUGUUCCCCAAGACUCAUCAGUGCCUUUUAACACACAGGUGUUUGAUAGUGAGCCAGGGAUAUAUACAAGGAUGCUUUCUCAAGCUAGUAGUACAAGUGACCAUGGGUAUGCGAAACCCUAUGGGGAUCUACCUCAAACCUUGGGAAAUAGACCAGAGAUUGCUCCCCUCCUAGUCCCUGACACAUUAUACUUGGCCGGAACAAACACAACAGGGGCAACUGGAGAGACAGACUUAGGGGAAAGUGCAAUUGAACUUGUUGAAGUGAUUCCUAGUCCUAGUGAAGUAGGUGCUGCAGAAGAGGCUUCUGUAGUAUUAAAAGCACAAUCUGAUGUUGAAUCAGAACCUGGUGGCACUCAAUGUGAGUCUCAGCCUAAUGGUAAUACCCCAGUUGAGAGUAAUGGCACCUUGGGGUUAUAUCAGCAUCUUCAUGCCCCAUGUAUAUGUGUCAAUGAAGAUGGCUAUGUAGAUGACAUUAACAUUGUUAAUCAAGUGCAUGCAACGAUGCAAUCGCCAUUUCAAUCAGAGAUGUACAUACCCAAACACAUUCCUGGGACAAAAAUGCACAACAAGGAUGAUAAACAAUUGAAGACAUUGGAAUGCCUGGGUUCUAAUGAAAGUGUAAAAACUGAAAAUGUCUCUUUGGAGGAUAAUACAAGUAGUGGAUUUGGUACAAUUCCCUCAAGUGGGACACCAUAUUAUUUAGAUAGUUACACUCCUGUGGGAAUGGAUGCAGGACAAUCAACAAAAGAACCAUAUAGAAACAGUGAUCUUUCCGAGAUUUCAACCUCUUGUCCGCAAGAAUCAGCAGCUCCCAGUUUGCGUGAUGAUUCAGAAGACUCACAUACCGCACAUUCUCAUGGGUUAAAAAGAAACAGUAACAACUCAGAACUUGACCAAGAUUUUAGUACCAACCUAAAGCAUGAAGAUAAUUAUUAUGAUAGUGGGUGUCAAGAUGUCCACCCUGAUGGUCAUGACUUCGUUAAUGAUGAAGAUGAUAUAAACAAUGAUAUUGGCAUUGUUAAGAAUGUUGAUGUUCCACCCGAUAGCAUUGCUCAUAUAAACACUGCUCUGGAUAUGCAUUCCACAGGAAACGUCAGAAAAAAGGCUCAACACACUCCAAUUGACAAAGAAAUGCUUGAUAAUGUAGUUGCUUUCAAACCAGAAAAUAUGAGUAAUUCGAACAAAUAUGAAAUAACUGAUAUAGAUUCUGGGAGCAGUUAUGGAAAUACUGAAGAUAUAUCCAAGGAAUGAAGGAUUACGAAUAUCUAGUCGGUCACCAGGAUUUGCUGGGAAUGCAAAUAACUCUAAUGGUAAUGAAUUGGUGAAUGGCAUCUCCAAUGAGUAUGUACCUCUUGAAGAAAUACAAAGCAUAAGGGGUCCAUCAGAAACUAAGAUUUAAAUGAUAUCUGUAAAAGUGUCUUGAUGUCAUAUUUUCUAACAAAGAAAUGUAGGGGAAAAACUAAAUCUGGAAUCACCAUAAUAAAUCCCAGCUUGAUUAGGAAAAGUAUGAUUCGGAAAUGGCAGAGAAGUAAGCAUAACUUAAGUUGGUAAACUUCAAUUUUAUUUUUUCAAGAUCGAACAUGCAUAAUUUGAAAAUCAUUGAAAAAAAUACGAAACAAAAAUUAAACAUUUUCAAACCAUUAUUUUUCCUACUCUUGUCUAGAUUUCUUGCCAAUGUAUUAUGUUAAUGCUAGAAUUAUAAUAUGGCUCUCUCCCCAUGUAAAAAUACAUUUAUGUUAUGAAUACAUGGGUACAAUUAAACUGAAAUGUCUUAGAAAAUUGGGCAUCAUUGUUAAGAUAGUGUAUCAAUAUAAUUGGAUAAAACUGGGUGAAAACUGAGAUUGCAUUCA